AUGAUCACUGAGGUGGAGCCGAACUCCAUCACCAUUAUCAACAUUCUCUCAGCAUGUUCUGACCUUGCCAAUUUGCCUCGUGGACAGCAAAUUCAAGCAUAUGCAGCCCGCAGAUUCUCCCCUCUCGAAUUCGACCUCUCUCUGGCGAAUGCUUUCAUCACAAUGUAUGCAACAAGCGGCAGUGAACAGGGUGCUGAAAACAUCUUCAGAACUCUGCAGGAGAGGAAUACCAUAUCAUGGAACGCCAUGAUCAGUGGAUAUGCCACAAAUGGCUCCUCUGCUGAUGCCAUCCAAGCCUUCAUGGAUAUGUUGGAAGAAGGUUUCCAGCCUAAUGGCGUGACAUUCUUAUCCGUACUGUCUGCCUGCCACCAUGGUGUUUUAAUAAGAAAAGGCCUGCAGAUUUUCAGUUUCAUGGUUCGCGACAUGAAACUAACUCCCCAACUUGCUCAUUACGGGUGCAUAGUCGAUCUACUUGUUCGAGGUGGGUUCUUACAAGAAGCUAGAGAGUUUAUCAAUUCCAUGCCGGUGGAACCUGAUGCAUCGAUUUGA